AUGGUGAUCGGCACUAGACCUCUUGUCACGUCGGCAAUGGUUCACGCCCACCUUGAUGACCACUAUGGUAUCUCCGACGAUCGGGUCACCAUCGAUCCCACCAAGCCAGAUGACUUCAUCGUCCGCUUUGCCCAUCCUGAGGAUAUUAAGCUUGUGCUAGGGAUCACCGUCACCUCCCGCGGCUCCCUUCGCCCUGCAGUGGCGGAGGUGGAGCCACCUCAUCAUGGGCUUGGCCGGUUCUUUAGGUUCUGGGUUCUUGUCGGUAUGAAGGCGAUCCCAUUGUACGCCAGGUCCGAGAUGAUCGCUGACCUGGAGGAUGAGUGUGAACUCUUUGUGGUGGCCAGGUGCGCCCAUCCUGACCUAGUUCCCGACGAGAUGAUCAUGGUUGUCCCAGAGCCGAAGGAGGAGCACGAUGGCAGUUCACCGCUAUACCUGAGGCCACACGAGAUCAUCCAUGAUGAAGUCCCCACGCUCUAUUACCUCAUUCAUAUAAGGUUGAUCGAGUUCCAAGACUGGCACACGCCACCGACGUCGUCCGACGAUGUCAAAGACUUUGGUGGGGACGACAGCGAUAGUGGCGAUAGCAACUUCAACGGUUACCAUCCCAGCUUCGGCGGCGGCGGUUCAUGGCCAAGGACGACUCAUUUCGGUGAUUCGGAUGAGCCGCGGCUGGCUCGCGGUUCGGGUCCCGCCUGCCGAGCAUAG